AGACUUAUUGAGUAACGAUGCUGCUACCACUCUGCAUUAUUCAGAUCCUUCUGCUAGCUUUCCUGGCGAACGAGUCGGAAUCCUCGAACACUCAUGUCCAUCGCUAUAUGCUGGACACCUAUAAGCCGCAGCACAAUCGAAAAACCCAAAUGAACUACAAACGACGUCGUACUGUAAGGAGCGAUCACGAAAUGGAUUCCGAUCCCAAUAAUCCAAAUAAUCCCAAUAAUUCAAAUAAUCCCGAUAAUCCCGAUAAUCCUGAUAAUCUCAAUAAUCCAAAUAAUCCCAGUAAUGACACAGUACAGUAUGGACAUUCCAAGGAGCCUGUAGUUACCUUGACCAAUUCGGACAAGAAGGUGCCGCUGCACGAGCUGAUGGUGAGACUCUAUCAGCAAAACAAAUAUAUCUGCAUGGGCACAGUGAUAUCCGAGAUGCUAGUGAUUACCACUACCACUUGUUUUGAUUUGGCCAGCGAUGAUGUGGUCACGAUGAAGAUGUACGAUGACGAAGUCCUCGAAGGGAAAAAGGUCGCGCUCAACCAGACCUACCUGAAAGGAGCGGAUCCCAUGCUGGUUGCUAUUCAACUAUCCAAGUCCCCAAAGAAUUCCAAAGUGACUGGCGACACCGUGAAGCUGUGCGACUCGGAGCUGGAAAUAUACGAGCCCAUCGAGCUGCCACUGUGGAUCAGGAGUCGCCACAGUAUUCACUCGCAGACAACGUACAUCAUACCGAUUCAGGCGUGCCGACUCCGCAUGAGGGAUCCCGAAGCGGUGGUCGCCACCGACACCAUGAUCUGCGUGAAGAACAUGAAGUAUACGGCCCAGUGCCAGUUGGCCAUGGGGAAUCCCCUCGUUCACGACGAACGCAUCUGCGGCAUCAAUGUGGCUGGUCACAACUGUCCCGCCUUCACGGGCGCGAAUCUGUACAUCAGGGUAUACGAUGCUCUCGCCUUCUCGAUAAUGGGCAUGGAGAUCAUUAAAAACUCCCGCAUAGAAGAUACCAUUUUGUAAAUAACAAUAUAACAA